AAAAUGACUGAUUAUCUGUUUUUGAGGGUAAUCCACUUCAAAAUAAUUUAGAGGGUUAUAGAGUGUGUGGUUAGAAUUUGGGUAAAGGCAGGAGUAUUUUAUUCUAAAAAAAAUCUUAUACUGUUGUCUGGUGAAGAACAACAAAGGCGCUUCUUCUUCGUCUGUCAUUCUUCUUCACCAUCUCUUUAAACCCUAGAAUUUUCUCUGUUCAAGCUUCAAUUUUUUGUUCUAAACUUCAAUUCAAACAACAUAAAAAAGUUUUUUGCUUUCAUUUUAAUAUCAUAAAUUAGACAUUAUUCUUGGUUGUAUUAGUUGAUUAGGCCUUGGGUUUGCAAUAUUAUGAAUUGUCUUAUAAUUGCACAAAGAUUUCUCUGUUUUGUACGAUGAUUUCUCUAUUUUGUUUUCCUUUGAUAUAGCUCAAAACUGAGCAUUGAAAUAGAUAAAUUCUGCUCGAUAAUUAAGAUGCAACAUACUCAAUAUAUAAUUCCACAAGUAGUAUCUACGAAGGGUGGGUGUACGAAAGUCGGAUAAUUCGGAUGCUAUAUACAAUUGGAUCAGGUAAUAGUUUUCAUCCUGGGAUUUCAAAUACCAAGAUGAGGAGAAAGGAACAUUUAACUUCAGGAAGCAAUGAGGAAUUAAGCAGCCAACAUAAGAUAUUAAAGCUGGAGAAUUUCAUUACAAGAAUGAGCUUAAAGGAGCUGCAGAGCGCGACUUCUGAUUUUAGUGACGACUACUUAGUAGGAAAUGGAAUGUUGGGCAAAAUGUACAAAGCAUUUCUUCCAAAUGGAUGGACACUUGCAGUAAAGAAGCUCAAUGACUGGGAGGAUUUGGAGGACGAGUUUGUCUCCGAGAUAAUAACUCUUGGUGGUCUGAGGCAUCGGAACCUAUUGCCUCUAAUAGGUUUCUGCUCCGAAAAGCAAGAAAAACUUCUUCUUUACAAGUACAUGCCUAAUGGAAGUCUUCAUGAACUGCACUCAAACAAAGAUAUAGAUUUGCUUGGGAAAGGAGUUGAUGAUUUGAUCCUCCAAUUUCUAGAGUUAGCUUGUCAAUGUGUGAAGUUCUUUCCUAAUGAAAGGCCAACAAUGCUGGAAGUGUAUGACACCGUCAAGAAUAUUUCUCAAGGUCAAAGGGACUAGAUACGAACGAUAGCAGUAUCAUCUGAUAUUUCAAGUCUAUAUGACUAGUGCUAUUUCAUUAUGGUUACUGAGAAAAUCAAUUAGGGAUUUACUAACUUAAAGAAUGAAAAUCAUGUUUCGACUUUGUAUGUUGAUAUCUUCUGUUGCAACUGUAAUAUUUAUGAAUCCAUAUGUAAUCUACAACAUUGGAAAACCUUACCUGUUGCAAUUUUCAAGUGAUGGCAUUAACA